AUGAUAUUUAACAAUGACAAUGGCGUCUCCUCGCAUCAUGAUGGACUUCUCCACGAAUGGAAGGGACCACUGUUACUUCUGCAUCCUGGCAGGAACCAACGUCAAAUACAUCUCGAUGGGGAAUCAUUAAUGGACAUGCCGUUGGACUUCCAGAACAUCAUCUGUUCUGGAAGUCCAACGGCAUGUCCAUACGACAAGGACGACUGGAACUCAGCGUAUAUCUCCCGCAACGCGGUCACUGGCGAACUGGAACCGGCGCUGUCUCAAACUACGCUACCUAGAGUGCAAGCAGUCUGGCAUCUAAAGAUGAUCAACUUUUUAGACCUCGAGAGGACUAAACUACUCAGCUCGCUAGCUCAAGAGUGCAAAUGGAAGCAAGCUACGACGGGAGAUGAAGCCGGGGACCAGAAACCUAUGAUAGCGAAGAUGGCUCGAUUCCCCUGGGAAAUCCAAUAUAUCGAGGCAGAGACGCGUAUCUACCAGCUCUUGCAGCCGCUGGGGAUUACACCAACGUUCCUCGGGCACAUCCACGAGGCGGGCAGAGUCAUCGGGUUCCUCCUCGAGAAAGUCGAGGGUCGUUCUGCCAACAUCGGCGAUCUGGAAAUCUGCAAAGCGGCCUUGCAGCAUCUUCAGGAUCAGCGGAUUCUGCAUGGCUUGCACUUGAGCCCCUUGAGCCACAACUUUCAAUGGGGUGAGCUAGGAAAAUCCGAUUUUCACCAGCCAAAUUGGAGAAAUUAG